GCUGUUGUUUCCCCUUUCCUUCCUCUUUGCAGGAUUUUGUAGACCAGUCCAUAAGAGGCUAUUGGCAGGAGUGUGGAAAGAGGUGCCAAAAGUUGUGUGAAAUUGCGGCUUUGAAUUGAGACUCCUCAUGGCCAAGUAUCUGUUUUUGGCACCCAGGUUGCCUGUUCCAUUCAGUCCUCUUUCUCCUGAAGCUUUUGAGGAGAUCAAAUGCCUUGCAGGCAAAGCCUGGGUACAGCACAGCCAGGAAUAUGUGGACUGCCCCACCUCCUAUGCUGCUGCUUUUGGAAAUAAAGGACUGGAUGUCUCUACACGGGCUCGGGUCACUCCCUCUUCUCCUACCAGAGUACACAGACCUCAUCCACCAAAAGUAUUUUUGGUAAACCAGCUUCACAAUCUCCCUGGACAUUAUGGAAAUGGAAAAGGAAUUCAUCCUAACUGUGUAGAGCAUUCAAGUGACAUGAACAAGUUCCAAGUUCAUCUGGAGAAAAUUAAACAUAAUGCAGUUGCUGCUGCGUCUCCGUUAGCACCACUUGGAGCAAUUGAGCAGAGGAUAAAUUCUCCCAGUUUAAAGGGGAGCCAAACUGGGGACAACAACUUCAUUUCGUCAUUACGCAGCCAGGAUGUGCUGACUGGAUGGCCUGUCAUAGGAAAAACUUAGUUUCUGCUGUUGGAAGUGGAGAAGUGAAUAAAUCUCAACCUUAACGGACUAUGCACUUAUCACAACGCCAAGAGCAGAGUGAAUGCUUGUUUACUUUCUCAGAAUUAGUUACUGACUUCAGGAGAAACAGGAUUCAAAUGGGGGUGGAGUGGGGGUAGUAUAAAUUGUUCUCUGUAAAAAGUGCUUUCUACGAUACCCCAGAAAGAAAUUUGUUUAGUCCAGGAAAAAGAACAGAUAUAACAAAAAUAGAUAAAAUAUCACUAACUUAUUUCACAGGCACACAUCAUUCAGCAGGCUUUAGUCCAAAUUUAAUUUUCAAUGCCCAUUCAUGCAUGAAGGAAAAGGAGUUUUUUUUUUUUUUUACUGUGUAUUUCAACUCUCCAUGAUUCUGGAGUAAAAUCCUCUUGCUUUAUAUAUGGAGGCAGGGACAUCCUACUCUGGAGGGGAAGAAGCCUCUCCCAGCUUCUACAGAAACGUUUGGAGGAACAGAAACAACGCACCAAUUUUCUUUAUCCAGAAUUUUCCAACAUAAGCCUUCAUGCUUGCUGGGGGUUUUGGGACUUGCAGUUUCCAUGCAUUCGGACAAUACCGAAAUAGAUAAGGCCUUUAGGUCCCUUGGCCACUCACUGAAUAAAAGGAGUCAGUACAUUUGAGUCAGAAGGAGAAUCAGAGGUUCCUUGGCUGUGUCCUCCACAUGUGUAAGGUGGUUCCAGAAGUUCUACUAUUCCCAGGUAUUCAGGAUGGAUAAACUCCCCCCAUGAGUCAAGAAGAACAGAAAUACAUGAUAUUUCAUGGUGAGCAUCCCAAUGUGCAUUCGGAUGUUUAGGCGGAGUAAGGGGCCCCAUUCUACCUCUACAAGCCCUCCUGUAUCCCUCUAUGGCUAGGUUACAAAAAGAAAACAAUGUUUCAAAAUGUCUUUUUCAAAUAAUAUGAAAUAAAGUAUCCCUAUUUCGACAUAAUUGUUCCUGUUAAC